AUACACCCCCGGCGAGUUCCCUUUACCAGCAGAAUCCCAAUCUGCAGACCUGUACAAGAUGGCAUCAGAAACACUAAAAAAUGCCGGCUACGAGCACUACGAGAUCAGCAGCUACUGCAAGCCCGGACAUGAGUGCAGGCACAACCUCACCUACUGGCAGAACCAAGCUUUCUACGGCUUUGGCCUGAGCUCAGCAAGCUACAUUAAUGGAGUCCGGUUCUCAAGACCCAGAAAACUGAAAGAGUAUGAAGUGUUCGUCAACGAGCUGGAAGCCGGAAGCGUGUCAGCGAACGGCAACACCAGCAUUGUUAGGGACAAGGAAAUGGCCAUGGAUUUGGUGAUGCUUUCGUUGAGGACUGCAAGAGGAUUGGAUGUUAAAGGGUUUGAAAAGUGCUUUGGGGAGUCAGUGGUGCUGUCUCUGUGCAGGGCGUGGAGGCCGCAUGUGGAGAGCGGGCAUGUGGUCGCCAUGAAUGGGGAUAGGAAAGCUUUCUCCUUUGAGGGAUUCGAUUUGGAGUUGAAUGGUGGUAGCGGGUUGGGGAGGAGAAUUGCCUUUUUCAGGCUAAGUGAUCCAGAAGGUUUUCUGUUGUCAAAUGAGCUGAUAGCCAUUGCCUUUAGUGUUUUGUCUCCCUAAGGAGGAAGGAGAAAUUAUUCCAUAUGCAGCACUUACGCACCUCUGUGUGCGGACUUCCAGUAAUAUGUCGCCACGUGAAGGUUAUUGAAGUGAAACCCCGGAGAUUAUUGAGGGAUUAUUGGGGUGUUAUUAUGAGGUUAUUGCGGGGAUUGUGUAUGGGGCGAAGAUUAUUGGGGGGUUAUUGGGGUGUUAUUAUGAGGUUAUUAUGGAGUGUAACCGCGGAGGUUAUUGAGAGUGUAACAACGGAUGAUAUUGGGAGGUUAUUGAGAGAUUAUUGCGGCGUUAUUAGAAUUAAUGCUCCUAAUAAUCCCCAGUAACCCCUAAUUAACCUCCCAAUCACCUCCGCGGUUCCAUUUCAAUAAACUCUGCGAGAGGUGGGCCCGAUAUAGCAUACAUGACGGCAUAUUACUUGAGGCAUCACAUAGUGUUGCGUACAUGCUCCGUAUGUAAUAAUUUCUCCCAAGAAAGCUAAAUUUUUUGCCAAUAGUAAUUUUUACAUAUGUACCUCCCAAUUCCCAUGUAUUAACAUAUCCACCACCUAAAUUUUCAUUCUUACCUGCUGAUCACCUAAUCUAUCCUGAAAAUAAAAGCAUCAGUUGAUCCGUAUGUAAAAAUUAAGAUUUAAAUGAUUGAUAAGUUAAUGCAUAAGAAUUGGUUGCUACAUAUGUAAAGGCACCCCCUUUAUUUUCAGCUGCAAGUCUCGUUUUAUUGUUAAUCUGUGCUUUUUAGCUAAAUUCCUGUACACUGAUUUAAGCACUUUUCUAUGUAAAU